AUUUUAAUUAUAAUAAAUGAAGGAAAAGAGCUGCAAGAAUAACGCUGAUAUGGAUUUACUCUGUAUAAACCGUUUAAUUAGCGCAUCUUGAACAAAAAUGGUAAUUUACAUCAUUGAACCAAGUGACACUAAGCAGAUGUUGCGCAUAUGCCGAUAACGAACACAUUUAAUAGCCACUUAAAUGGAAAUGUUUAUAGAUCUAAUUGCAUUUCUUCCACAUGCCGGCUCAAAUGGCUCCAAAAUGAACCUGAAUCUGUGCAUUAUUUCCGUAACGCUCUGGUUUCUCCCCGGUUUGCGGGCGGAGAAACUCAACCUGGACGCUCUAAACAACUAUAGCGAAUUUUUGAAUUUCGGCGACAAGAAACUGCAUAAAAUCGGCGAAAACCGGCUAGAAAACGCGAUUUUUAAGUCGAAAUUGGACGUGUUGGGCGAGGUUUUCAAGAAACAUGUGGACUUUUUCAAAGUGACGGACAAACUGGAUAUUGUGUUCCUGGUAGAUGCCAGUUCCAGUGUUGGAGAUGGCAACUUUAAGAGUGAGCUGAAGUUCAUCAAAAAGCUGCUGAGCGAUAUAACGGUCGAUUACAAUCAUACAAGAGUGGCUGUUGUUACGUUCAGCUCCCCAACCAACACUAUAAAAAACAUCGACGACAUCAGCGACCCAUCAAAAGAGUACAACAAAUGCCUCCUCCUCAACGACCAGCUGAUGAAAAUUGAGUACAAAGGAGGCGAAACCUACACCAUAGGGGCAUUUGCCAAAGCCAAAGAAAUAUUCGAUCACUCGCUGCGCAAUGAUUCGAAAAAAGUGAUCUUCCUUGUAACCGAUGGCUAUUCGAAUGGCGAGAAUCCUGUUCCGCUUUCAAAUGAACUAAAACGCAGCCAAAUCACCAUAUUUACCAUAGGAAUCCGCAAUGGAAACUACAAGGAAUUGUACGACUUGUCUUCAACGCCCGGCCAAUUUUACAGCUAUCUUUUGGACAGUUUUGAGGAGUUUGAAAGCUUGGCUAGAAGGGCCCUUCAUGUUGAUCUAUCAGGAGGCGACUAUUUGCCGCUAGGCGUGAGUACUCCAUGCGAUAAACUAUGUGAGGCCGGAAAUUGUUGCGACAAAGACGCGUUGUGCGCCUGUGGUACCACUACAGGCCACUAUUCCUGCACCUGCAAGCCUGGAUUCUAUGGAUCUGGAUUGAGGAAUGAUUGUCUGCCAUGUACUCCGGGCACCUACUCAGAUGGGCCCAACCUGUGUCUUCCUUGCCCAGAUGUCCAUCACACCACCAUUCUUCCCGCUCAGGGUAUCGACAGAUGCAUUUGCAAGAAAGGCUUUCAAUCGGAUGGAACCGGAGGUUGCCAGAUUUUAAAGUGCCCAAAAAUCAGCGCUCCUCAGUACGGAUACAUCGUGAAGAAGAAAGAGUGCAGCAACGUGCUAAACAGCGCCUGUGGGCUCAGGUGCGAAGUGGGCUACACGCUGGUGGGCAGCAGCAUUCGACUGUGCCAGGAAAAUGCCACAUGGACUGGUUCUGAUCCUACUUGCGAAGUGAAAACCUGCAAUCGUCUGCCAACCCCUAAAUACGGAUCGGUAAAGUGCGAACAAAUCGACUUGGAUGUUGUAUACGAUAGCGCAGAGAAAAAUCUACCAGUGGACACAGUUUGCAACUUCCAAUGCGAAAACGGCACAGUUUUAAUCGGUUCUACGCAGAGAACUUGUCUACCAAUUGCGCAGUGGGAUGGAUUGCGGGCUAUUUGCAAACUGUUCAGUUCUGGUGAUUCAGAAAUCAAAUGCAACAAACUACCCGAAGUGCGAUAUGCACGAAUCGAGCCAUCGUCCUGCACCGCUGGGAAGCAGGAGUUUGGAAAAACCUGCAAAAUCAUCUGUAACGACGGUUUCAAAGCGGCUGGAUCCACUGUUAAGACUUGUGGCAACCAUGGCCUUUGGGGGAGGAAGCAGGAGGAAAACACCGUCUGUACAGAUUCCACUCCUCCUGAUCUGGAAUGCCCGCAAAACAUCUCAGCUUCAGCAGUACCUGGAACCAACUACGGACAAGUUUCCUGGACAGAACCCAACAUUACAGAUAACUCCGGCCUGGAAGUAUCCACAUGGCUUAAACCCGCCAUAGUCAACGUCACAGAGUACAAGUUCUCCAUUGGCCUGACUCCUGUAACGUACUUUGCUCAGGAUCCGUUCCAUAAUGCAAUAAAAUGCAAAUUUUUCGUCGAAAUCCUUGAUCAAGAACCCCCAGUAAUCGAAGAAUGCAUCAAUCCAGCCCCUUUCUUGGUCUCUCCGCACGCUCAGGAAAACAUCAGCUGGGAUGAGCCGAACAUUUUCGAUAAUUCCCAAAACGUCUCCAUCACCAAAAGCCAUGAGUUUGGAAGAUUUCCCAUUGGAACCACUCUGGUUACUUACACAGCCAAAGACCCGUCAGGCAACCUCAAUAUCUGCAACCUGAACAUCACAGUUGAAGAAUCCGAAUGCCCCGAGUUUACGUCGCCUUCACACGGCCGCUCAGAAUGCGCAGAUCAGUCUGAGAGCAGACAAUGCGUGAUCACCUGCGAAGAAGGCUACGCCAUUCCUUUGCAGUCUUCUGAGGCGACUUCUUUGGAAAACAGUAGCAGAUUUGAGUGCAACCAUGCGGAAGCUUUGUGGCAUAAUACGGAGGGACUUUUGUAUCCAGAAUGCUCUGUUACUGUUGUGGGUGAUCAGACGCAAGAAGGCGAUGUUCAAGUGAGUCUGGAUGGCGAUGGAUGCAACAACACAGACCAAAUUGGAGAGAUUCAGAAUAGCAUCAAGUCCAUGAUAAGCAACAACAUUUGCACGGGCUUGUGCGAAAUAGACCUAAAAUCCGAGUGCGAAGUGGAGAAGUCCGAAGAGGAGUCAAACAAGCUGUUGAGCAGAAGACGGAGGAGAGACUCAGCAGGCAAGAAAUCGCAGAGUUUGCAAGGGGUUCCGCAUAAAAACUCCAGGGCAAGGCAAAGGAAGCGAAACCGAUUGAACGUGAAGUUCCAAGUAAGAGGCCGCUACCUCAAUGAGUCAAAAGGGCCGGAUUUGAGGCUCGAAACCCACAACAGCUCAGUGAAACUGAAAAAUGCCAAAUUCGUCUGCCCCGAAGGGUUCAUUCCUAGGAAAAACCGCUGUGUUCAAUGUCCAAGAGGGACUUUCCACAAUGCCACCUCAAACAUAUGCCAGAGUUGCGAUUUCGGGUCCUACACAGACCGCUUGGGAACGACUAGCUGCUUGCAAUGUCCUCCCAAUCACUCCACUCGAAAAAUCCAUUCGAAAAACGCCAGCGAAUGUCGAAAAAUGUGCCCUCCGGGUACGCACGCAAGAAAAAAGCGAGUGAAAACAUCGAAGCAGCAAAACCCUCCCACUGUGGAGAGAGCCACUUUGAGUCCUCACUGCAAAUCGUGUCCUGUUGGGACUUAUCAACCGGAGUAUGGAAAAAUCAAGUGUUUGGCUUGUCCUGUUGGUUUCACUACAGCUAAGGCGCAAUCGGUCAAUUCAACCGAAUGCAUUCCGACAUCCAAGGGGAUUUGCGCCCUCACUCCAGAUGUGUGCAAUCAUGGAAAAUGCGUCGUAGUGAACGAGUACGAAUUUUCCUGCGAAUGUUUGCCAGGUUUUGUAGGUUCCCGUUGUAUCAAGCAAAUCACGCCUUGCGAUUCGCAGCCUUGUUUCAAUGGGGGCGCAUGCGAUUCUGUCGGAAAUGUGGCUGUUUGCAGCUGCUCCGAAGGCUUUUCUGGGCAAUUCUGCGAGAUUGUGGCGGAAAAAGAAGCUGUUUGUGACUUAAAGUGCCAAAAUGGAGGCACCUGCUUGGACGUCGGUGAAAAUGAACUUCUUUGCCUCUGUUCUUCAGGUUUCUCUGGCACUUUAUGCGAAACGCGAAAAAACUACUGCCAGGACGUGAUUUGCGAAAACAACAGCACCUGCAUAGAGCAUGAAGACAGUUUCCGAUGCAUUUGUGCCAAAGGCUUUUUAGGGCGCCGUUGCAACAUCCUGCCGUGCGACUACAAGCCUUGUAAGGAAAACAGCCUUUGUACGAAUUUGGAGCUGGAAAAUGCCACUAAAAGCGACUUUAGAUGCACUUGCCUUGAAGGAUACAGUGGGCCCAAUUGCCAGAAAAUCGACUACUGCACUGCAUCAAAGUGCGAAAACGGCGGAAAAUGCAUCAGCAAAGAGACCUCGUUUAUGUGCAGUUGCUCUAAGCUCUAUGAGGGUGAUUUUUGCCAGUUUAAGCGGGAAACGAACUACAUGCUGAACUUUUCCCGUUAUGAUACAAACGACUUUAUUAGGCUGAGGGGAUUUGAAAUGAAUCUCACCGAGAUCACGGCCUGUUUAUGGAUCCAAACUCUGGAUAAUUUCAACUAUGGAACCCUUCUCUCUUAUGCCACCAGAUACACAGAUAACGCCUUCACUCUGACUGACUAUACUGGCAUAGUUUUUUACGUUAACAAGCAAUACGUGGUAACGGACGUCCUGCUAAAUGAUGGCCAUUGGCAUCAUAUCUGUGUCUCGUGGAGAAGCUCGGGAGGAACGUACCAAAUGUAUCUGGAUGGCGAACUGGCAAAGAAUGGCUCAGAUUUGGCUGCCUAUUCAGAAAUAGGAGCUCAUGGGUAUUUAAUUAUUGGGCAAGAGCAAGACGCUUUAGGGGGCCGCUUUAGCCAGUCCGAGUCCUUUGUUGGCAACAUGGCUUACGUGGACCUCUGGUCACGAGUGCUGACUCUGCAGGAAAUUAACGAGCAUCGUGAUGACUGCUCUGAUAGUAUUUUGGGCGAUUUAUACGCUUGGCCGGAAAUGCAACAGCAUACCAAUGGAAACAUCCAGCGACUUUCAUCUACAUUUUGCCAAAGAUGCGAAGACCCGAAGCCCUUAUACAACGGCUUCAUCGACAUGAUGGACAAUAGGGCUUUUUACUCAUGCUACCGAGGUUUUGAGUUAAGCAGCAAGCAUUUCUCCAAGGGGCGCCGCUGCACCAAAACCUCCAAAUGGGAAGGGUUUUACGAGCCGUUCUGCAAAAGAAUAACCUGCGGCUAUCCAGGGACCGUCAAAAAUGGCUACUCCAUUGGAAAUCAGUACUUUUAUAGCGACAAAAUCUCCUAUAAGUGUUUCGAUGGGUUUUCCAUGAUUGGCGGCAGCACCAUUGUUUGUAAGGAGGAUGGCAAAUGGUUCCCGGCGAAGCCCAAAUGCGUUGGUGUUCAGUGCACUCUUCCUAAAGUCCCCAAUGGAAAAAUCGAGAUCAUUUCUGAAGCAGCUGAAGAGUCCCUAGGGGUAAACCGAGUGGACUCUGAUACCCAAAUUCGCGUAAAAUGCUUCAGCAACUCCACCUUAAAGGGCGAGAAUCCUGUGGCCACAUGUCUGGAAGAUGGUACUUGGGAUAACCCGAAUAUUUCCUGCAAAUUCACCGCAAGUCCCCAGUUAAACUGUCCACUACAUCUCAUCCCUGUUGCCCCUGAGAACGGAUACUUGGACGAAAAUAGUCUGAAUGCUAUGAAAAAUGGCACUGCAGAUUUUGUGGAAUAUAAAUGCCGCUCUGGGUACUCACCAGUAGGAGUAAAUAUCUCCACUUGCAUAGUGGACGGGUAUUGGACGGAGCCUAAUAUUACCUGCCAAGCAAUCACUUGUCCAAGCCCGCCGUUGUUCCUCAAUAUGGUGCUCAAGAGCAAGGAACCACAUAUGUUGACCUACCAGUGCCAGGAGGGCUACAAACUGGUGGGAAACGCUGUGAUUCAGUGCACAACCCUCGGGAAAUGGAGCAGACUGCAAGGAAAAUGCACCAGGUUGUCUUGUGGAAAACCUGCUAUUUCCGCCGGGGCAAAAGUGACUGGGAAUUCGUACCUUUACGGCGACAGCCUCACUAUCACAUGCCCAAACGGGAAGAGCUUCAAGAUAACAUGCGAAAAAUCUGGAUCUUGGAGUGAAAACUCUGGCAACAACUGCUAGAGGGAUGUGAAAGGCCUUUUCAAUAAAAGCAGGACCGAUUUUAUUUAGAAUUUA